GUUUUGUUUGGCCCCGCAGCUUGGGACCCGGUGGCAAUCAUCGCUCAAAUAGUCGCUCUGCAGUGCCUGUACUACCUCAGCCUGGGCCUGUUGUACAAGAUGAUAGUAGCACCCUACGUGCAUGGCCUGACGCUGUACCACUUCUUCGACUGGCGCUGGGUUAGCUUCAGCAGCUUCCAGGGCUGGAUGGUGACGGUGGCGGGGUUGUUGAACGCGGUGGUUGCGGCCUUCUGUCUGCGCGUCAUAGUGCAACGUGCAAAGAAGUGUUUAGACUUUGCAGGUACCAUCCUGUUCCUGCACGCGGUGGCGGUGACCUGCUUCAGCGGGUUCCCCAAGCAGCUGACAUGGUGGGCGCUGCAGGGCGCCAACCUGGCGGUCACGGCACUGCUGGGGGAGUGGAUGUGCAUGCAGAAGGAGAUGCAGGAGAUCCCCAUC